GAUUGUAAGACAACACUGCCAUCUAACGACACUAGCAAAACUGGGCCACAAGCAAUUUGGCAUGGAGAAAAAAAAAGGCUUGGAACCUUUGAGAAUAACACCCAAGAGGUUUGCUGCGUGACCAGAGGUACUGAUCAUCCUGGCUGUUGAGAUUAAACAAGGAUGGCUUAAAGGGACAUUUUAUUGCAAUACUCGGCUUCAACCGUGUUUGUUUAAGUAAAAUGUGUUAUUGGGGGGCAGCCAAAACGAGAGCCCCCCUCCCUCCCACCCCUACCCCCAAAAAACCUUUCUACGACGGCUCGACUCGGUGCUUCGAGACAGGCAGCAAAAAAUCCUCAGCGUGUGCGUACCAGCACAUAUCAAGCUAGGAACACAACCCACAGUAAAUCUGUUGGUUCACCAGCCAAGCUCCCGGGUUGUGAGACUGACACAGCCUGCUCCCGACUGUGAAAAAGGGCUCUAUAGUUGCAGUAUCACAGAGAGGGUGGCAUCGUGGAGAGAGACAUGGCAGAAGAGGAGUUGCAAACCUUUACCUCAAUCAUGGACGCGUUGGUUCGCAUUAGUUCCAACAUGAAGAGCAUGGAAAAGGAGCUGCAUUGCCCGGUGUGUGAUGAAAUGGUGAAGCAGCCUAUCCUCCUGCCUUGCCAGCACAGUGUGUGUCUGCUGUGUGCAGCUGAGGUGUUGGUACAAAGGGGUUAUCCUCCUCCAGACCUCCCACCUGAGCCGAACUCGCCUGCUUCCACGCCCAACUCGCGCUCCCCACGUCAGACACGGAAGCCUGCACCCAGGACUCCUGAUCGCCUGGAGCGGGUGCUCAGGACGGUGUGUGGCACAUACCCCGGGCGAAGGCGGAAAGACGCCGCCCCUCCCCCCAUGCUGUUCCCAUGUCCUUCCUGUCAGGAGGAUGUGGAGCUGGGAGAGAAGGGUCUGACAGACUGCCUCCGUAACCUCACACUGGAGCGGAUUGUGGAGAGGUACAGGCACACAGUCAGCCUGGGCAGUGUCGCUAUCAUGUGUGGUUUCUGUAAGCCUCCUCAGUCUCUAGAGGCCACGAAGGGCUGCGCGGACUGCAAGUCAAACUUCUGCAAUGAAUGUUUCAAACUCUACCACCCCUGGGGAACUCCUCGAGCUCAGCAUGAACACAUCCUACCCACCAACAACUUUCGUCCAAAGGUCUUAACGUGCACGGAGCAUGAGCAGGAAAGGAUGCAGUGGUACUGUCGUAACUGCCAGAGGUUGCUGUGCUCACUCUGUAAACUACGUCGAGUCCACCAUGGACACAAAGUGCUGCCUAUAACACAGGCGUACCAGGCCCUCAAGGACAAGGUCUCAAAGGAAAUGAACUUCAUUCUGGCCAACCAGGAGACAAUACAGAGUCAGACCACUCAACUUGAAGCUGCCAUUAAACAGAUGGAGGCUAACAGCUCAGUAGCUCUGCAUCAGCUGACACACUGUAUCCGGGAGCUUGGAGCGGCUGUGGUGGAGCGUCAAGGGGUUAUGGCUCUGGCCCUGGAGGGAUCCCGCAGCAGGAGGGAGGAGGCCCUGUCUGCCCAGGUAUCAGAGAGACAAGGCCUGAUGGAGCACGCUGGGCUGAUGGCUUACACACAGGAGCUUCUGAAGGAGACCGAUGCUCCCUGUUUUGUGCAGGCUGCAAGAGUCACUCACCACAGGCUGGUGAAGGCAAUAGAACACCUCCAGUGUUUCUCUCUCGCUGCUGAUCCCUGUUUCAGGCACUUUCACCUCGAUGCAUCCAAAGAGGUGAAGCUCAUCCAAGGCUUGGAGUUCAUACGUGCCCCGCUGGCUCCAGUAAUUGACACGCAGAAGACUCUUGCCUACGACCAGCUCUUUCUAUGUUGGCGCCUCCCUCAGGACUCAGCCCCAGCUUGGCACUUCUCUGUGGAGUACCAGCGGCGAGCCGGAGGAGCUGCAGCCACAUGGGGCGGCGUCAGAUCCCCGAAUGCUGCGACGGCAUGGCUGCGCCUGGACGAAGUAAGAGGGACAAACGCCGUGGUUGAUCGGCUGCAGAUGGACAGCGUGUACGUGCUCAGGGUGAGAGGCUGCAACAAGGCUGGGUUUGGAGAGUACAGUGAAGAAGUUUACCUCCACACUCCACCAGCACCUGUGUUGAGUUUCUCCUUGGACUCACGCUGGGGGCUGCACGCUGACAGGCUGGCACUGGGUAAAGGUCAAACCUACGCACGCAGCGUGCCAGGCUUCUCCCUCUUGCAGGCAGCCGACCGUACGCUCACUUCCUGCCACUUGACCUCUGACCUGCUGGUGGCUGACUUAGCUGUCAAUCAAGGCAGACACUACUGGGCAUGCUCGGUGGAGCCUGGGUCCUACCUGGUAAAGGUGGGAGUAGGACAAGAGGUGAAGCUACAAGAGUGGUUUCAUCUCCCCCAGGACAUGACAAGUCCUCGCUGUGACCCAGACAGCGGCCACGACAGUGGAGCCGAAGACGGCCAGGACUCUCCUCCCUUCUGUUUCCUCACAAUAGGCAUGGGCAAGAUCCUGCUUCCUCAGGGACACAGUCACAGUCACAGCCAGUCAGAGGGAGCACCACACUCCCACAGUAGCAGCCACAAUAACCUUCCUCACCACUACACCGCACCUCUUCCACCUCGACUGGGAGUGUGCCUGGACUGUGACAAAGGACGCGUCACCUUCUAUGACGCCCACUCGUUGAGGAUCCUGUGGGAGGCACAUUUGGAUUGCUCGGCUCCCGUGUGCCCGGCCUUCUGCUUCAUUGGCGGGGGGGCCCUGCAGCUUCAGGACCUUGUUGCCAAUCGGAUCGUCGAAGAGACGCCGCCUCGGAGGGUGACUAUCCAAACACGUGCGACUAAUCUCAGCAAAUAAGCAACAGUACACAGGCACACUUCACUCAUAGUUUUCUGUAGAGUUAAAGGUGGCUUAUACUCACCACUUGGUCUGAGUUGAUAAUUAAUUGCCUUGAUCUUGUCAAACUUCUACUUGAUUGAACUAUCAGAACUAAAUAUGGUGGUGUUUUUUCCUUCGAUUGUGGUUUUUGAAAUCUGACUAUUAAAACCUGAUGAUCUUUUGCAUUUGCACUUAGCCUGGUAAUAUCAACUUUCUCUUCUUUUUUGGCUUCAUUUAUCUAAUAUUUAUUCCUGCUUUAUUUUGCCUUGAAUUUGCAACGCUCCUAUGGAAAUAGUAGCUGAAGUGAUUUUAGACUAUGCAGAAUUCUGUUGACAGGGUGAGUCAGACACCUUUUAAAAAGGUGAAAAAAGUCAGUUUGCAAUGUCAAAAAAAAUAAAAAAAAUGCCCUCCCUUUACUCUUGACUGACUUUGUCCUAGAAUGACUGGACAAUUGUUGCAUGCAAGUAAAGCUAGGAUUCAUAACUAACAUACUCUUAAUGCAGAUAUCUGACUGUCACUCUGUAAAAGCACCUCAAAUGUACUGUAUGUCUAAUUUUAUAUCCUUAUUUUUUAUGUAGCCUCAGAAAUGUUAACAAUGUGUAUAGAAGUCAGCACUAGAUGAGGUGAAUAUACACAAGUUGUUGAAUUGUAAAGUACUGUUGGCUCAUGUCAGGGUCACGUGUCUCUGUGUCUGAACAGUCCCUGUCGGUUUUUAUAGCGUUGCUGUUUUGCAUUUCAAAAAAAAGGACUCGUGGCAAAACGUGACGGUUGACUCAUUUUUAAGAUGACAGGAGAAAUCAGAGUGAAAAAGUUGUGCAGGAUAAUGUCUGAUUGCGCUGUUUGACUCCAAAACAUGCGAAUACAUUUCAGUGUUUUACAUUUUGCGAAGAGCUAAAAAAUGUUGAUGGCCUACAUGUCCGGUAUUAAACUGUGCUGUUUGAGUAAUUUGCACAUAAUGAUAAGAUGAUGUUUAAGACGGUGUUAGCUGAAGUAUGCUAAAGCAAAAAAGGUCUAUUUGAUGAGCUCUGGUUGACUUUCAAUUUUUUUUCUAGAGCUUUUGACUUUCCUACCAAACUCACAGAUGCUCACUUACUCCUAAGCUGGUUUGUGGUAUUUUUGGGGAAUGUAACAGCAAAAUUCUGUAUCAUUUCAACGCAAGAGAUUGUAGUAAUAUUUUCAAAUCCACUGGCUCUGUAUGCAUUUUGAUAUAUAAUAUGACUCUCUGGUGUGUGCGUGUGUAUCUGAGCUCUGGCUGUGACUUUCAUGCUUUCAGUUGUGUGUGUGAUUCCUGCCUUGAAUGACAUGUCUAACCUCCUCUGCUUGUGUUACAGCACAGCACAUGAAUGAGUUUAGACUGUAGCAUCCCAGAAAUCAGACUCUCUUCAUUUAGUCUUAGCCUUGCAGGCAGAAUGUUUCUUUGAUGUCAUAUAGAAAAACAAUAAAGAAAUGACUGGUAAA